CACACGCGAUGAACUCAUUGGUUUGGUUUACACCAAGCGAACUGCUCGCGCACUGAUUCACCGAUUUCCCGAAGUCCUUUUCUUCGACUGCACAUACAAGACGAACCUGUACCGGAUGCCCAUGCUCCAUAUCGUCGGAUCCACAUCGACAGGUAUGACAUACACUGCAGGAGUCAUCUUGAUGUUGCGUGAAACCACAAACUGGUAUACCCAAGCUCUCAAUUCGUUCUUCGAACUUGUCGGCAAACCGGAUGUCAAGGUUGUCAUUACCGAUCGUGACCCAGCACUCAUCAACGCUCUCAUGUCUGUCCUCCCCAAGGCUUACCGCUUCUCCUGCUUCUGGCAUCUUCAAGAAAAUGUCAAAAGCAAUAUAAGGCCCUGUUUCGUUGACGAAGAGAACAUCGUCAUGGCUGUCUCGAAUUUCUGCAAAGCUUGGGUACGGUAUUGUGUACAUGCAAAAUCGGAUGAGCAGCUUGAGGAAGGUUAUCGGAAGAUGGAAGAACUUUAUCCUGGUCAGAAAUAUGCUCGAGCGAUCUCGUAUAUCCGGGGUUUGGAUGAAAUCAAGGAGCGCUUUGUACAUGCCUAUAUCAACAAGCAACUUCACUUCGGACAAACCGGUAAUUCACGCUUAGAAGGUCAGCACGCAACUCUUAAGAAAUCAAUUGACACCAAGUACGGUGAUCUUCUGCUUGUCAUUGGGUCUCUAAGUACGUAUUUUGAUCAGCAGUGGUUGAAAAUUUUGAAAAGAAUUGAGCUCGAGAGAACGAGGUGUGCUACACAUAUUCCCAGUACUUUUGUUCGGUUAAAAGGCUCCAUAUCCCGCGCUGCAAUGAAGCUUCUUGCUGAGCAGUUGACUUUGGCCAAAAGAUAUUUGGGUGAUUACGAUGAAGGUGUCGAUGACUUUGAAGAAUCACACCCGUGCAGUGGCUCGUUUACAAAAUCCCAUGGAUUGCCCUGCGCCCAUCGUCUCAUUAGCUUCGUCCGGGAAAGAAGACACCUUGAAAAGGAUCACAUUCAUCCUCACUGGCGUCUCGGGUCUGCCGCAAGUCUCAAAAGAUACCUUGACCAUAUUAACAGACUUGUUGGCACCCCAGAUACAUCAGUCAUACGGCUGGAUGAUGUAUUUGACUUCGGUGAGGACCAAGAACUUAUCCUCGAUCCACCCAUUUUAAGCACCAAGCGGGGAAGGAAGGCCCCUAAUCCACCAGUGUUGCAGGAAGACCGGAUGUCGGCACCUUCAGGAAGGUACUUGACUCAGUCAGAAAGAAUUAUGGGGGCUGGAUUGACCCAGCGAAAAAAAGGGCGCUGUAAACACUGCCAAAGUUCCACUCACUAUACCAAAGACUGUGCGCGUGUUCAAGCGUCUCGAAGGGUCGACAAAAACCAAGAAGCUGAGAAUGCAGGUGAAGACAGAAGAGUUCUUGUCCCAGAUAGCGAUGAUGAGGAAGGAAAUGAGGAAGAUCUUGUCGAGGUACCGAAUGAACCCAAUCUUCGUCCAAAAAAGCAUUCUCGGUCACAAUAUCCUGCCCCCUCUCAAAUAUAUCCGUCACAUGCUGUUCAAAUGCAGCAUCUUCCUCCUGAACCCUCGGUCCCCCAAUUACCCCCUUCUUCCCAAUUCUAUCCACCAUUAUCACAAUACUAUCCCCCUGCUCCACAGCAUUACCCAACUUCAAAAUACCAUGUGCCUCCUACCCAGUAUAUCCCUUACAACCAAGUAUUAUUCCACAAUCAUUCCGAAGCCCCAACUCCCUAUCAUUACCCUUCUGUUAGUGGAUACAAUAAUCUCCAAUCUCCUCAAAUUUACCAAUACAACUUAGAGAAUAAUGUGGGCAAGGAUGCGAGCAUUCGAUCGCAGGAGGAUAGUAUUAUAAUGCAGCGAGGGAGAGAUCGACAUAGCUGGGAAUGAAGGCGAAGGAAGAAUGAAUAGAUGUCGAAAGAGGAAUAGAUGUCACAAGAAGAAUAGAUGUUUAUAAUAUUAGAGGACUGAAUUUACUAUGCACGAAAAA